AUGCAAGGCGGAAACGAAAUAAGGCACGCCAGCGGUGCUGCCGCGGAUGAGAAAGAUCUCGCCCAGAUGGGUACUACCAGUGGGCAGGCCCAUCCAAAGAGCAAGAAUACACAAAGUGGGCAAUCGGUCGGGUACGAUGCGCCUGAAGACUAUGGCAACCUCGACGAGAUGGUCGCCGACCCUGUCGCGCAUAAACCCAGGCGGCAUCGUCCGGGAAGAGGCGAGAGCCUGGAGGAGAUGCGAUCGCCUCCGCGGCCCUCCGAUCUCGAAAUGCAAGACACAACAACGCCUGACGAGCAAGACGAGCCCGAAACCACAACCUCGAAACCUACAGCACACGUCUCUAGGUUGGCCACGGAGUUGUAUACACUCUCAUACCUCGUCUUCUUUGCCAUUUUCGGCACGAUUGCCCGUCUGGGCUUGCAGGCUCUGACACUCUACCCCGGCGCCCCAGUCUCCUUUGGUGUGCUGUGGGCCAACGUCGGCGGCAGCCUGGCCAUGGGCUUCCUGAUCGAAGACCGCAAGCUCUUCAAGCAGGAAUGGGGUACGCCCAACUACCACAGAGAGAUCAUCAAAGCCCGGCGCCACGGAGAGCAGGCAGACGACGGCGCCGCCUCCAGCGAUCUCGCGGCCGCGAAGAAGGCGCAUCUCGCAACCAAGAAGACGAUACCGCUCUACAUUGGCCUCUCCACAGGCUUCUGCGGCUCCUUUACCUCCUUCUCCUCCUUCAUCCGCGACGUCUUUCUCGCCAUGGUCAACGAUCUUCCUCGCGCAGGUGGCGCGACCCCCGAACCGCGGGCCGGAGGGCAGUCCUUCAUGGCGAUGAUGGCCAUCAUCAUCGCCACUGUCGCCCUAAGCCUCUCGGCCCUCAUCUUCGGUGCACAUCUCGCCAUCGCGCUUGAAGGGAUCACCCCGUCAAUCCCUUACCUCCUCGGCCGGAAAGUAAUGGACCGCUGCGCUGUUCUCUUCGGCUGGGGCGCUUGGCUCGGCGCGGUCCUCCUCGCCGUCUGGCCGCCGCACGACGCCUGGCGAGGGCGCGUUGUCUUCUCCAUCGUCUUUGCGCCGCUCGGCUGUCUCGCGCGCUUUUACGCCAGUCUGCUGCUCAACGUACGGGUGCCGGCGUUUCCGAUGGGUACCUUUGCGGUUAAUAUUGCAGGUGUUGCCGUGCUGGGUAUGUGUUGGGACCUGGCGCACGCGGGGCUGGGCGGUGUGGUUGGGUGCCAGGUGUUGCAGGGCGUUGAGGACGGGUUCUGCGGGUGCUUGACGACUGUCUCGACGUGGGUUGCUGAGCUGACUGCGCUGCGGCGACGACAUGCUUACGUAUACGGCCUGGGUAGUGUUGUGGUGGGGUUUGCGGUCAUGGUCAUUAUCAUGGGUGCUGAGAAGUGGACGGAUGGAUUCGCGCCGUUGAUGUGUACCCAUUGA